AAAAAAAAAGUUUUGCUGUUGAGCAAGUUUUCACCAACAGCGGUCAUCACACGACGGAGACAGUAGAAACCUUCAGCACCGUGUAGCUGCCGGUAACAGCGGAGAAGCGUCAUGCUAAAGUGGAGCUAGCUCAAGUUAGUGAGUCUGCGCCGCCAUCUGCGGCUGGAUUGCUGCGGGGGAUCCGGAGUGUGAUGGACGGUUUGUUUCCUCCAUGUUCAGUCGUUUAAUGCAGCAGCCAGCCCAGCAGUCUCCAAGUUUAAAGGACCAGACCUGGAUGUGAUGGACAAUCCGUCCUCAGUGAUCACACAAGUCAGCCGGGAUGAGGAGGGCAGUAAGGCAGAGAGGGGCUCGUCUCCCGCUCUGUCCUCCAAGAAGCCCCGGAGUGGAGGCCUCUUCUCCAGCCUCUUCUGCUGCCUCUGUCGGGACCAAUCGGAGCCUCCGCCGGUCAACAACAACGCUCCCCUCCUGGUGGAGGAGAAUGGAACCAUCUCCAAGAUCCAGGUGAAGCAGUCGAAGCCGCUGCUGCCUCCAGUGAAGUCAAAAGACUCUGGGAAGAUCUGCGUGGUGAUAGAUCUGGAUGAGACGUUAGUUCACAGCUCUUUCAAGCCUGUGAACAAUGCGGAUUUCAUCAUUCCUGUGGAAAUAGACGGAACAGUACACCAGGUGUAUGUCCUGAAGCGGCCUCAUGUCGACGAGUUCCUGAAGAGGAUGGGAGAACUGUUCGAGUGCGUCCUGUUCACCGCCAGCUUAGCCAAGUAUGCAGAUCCAGUCUCCGAUCUGCUGGAUAAGUGGGGAGCUUUUCGCUGCCGCCUUUUCCGAGAGUCCUGCGUCUUCCACCGAGGGAACUACGUCAAGGAUCUGAGCCGCCUGGGUCGGGACCUGAACAAGGUGAUCAUCGUGGACAACUCUCCUGCCUCCUACAUCUUCCACCCCGACAACGCGGUGCCGGUGGCCACGUGGUUCGACGACAUGUCCGACACCGAGCUGCUGGACCUGAUCCCGUUCUUCGAGAGGCUGAGCAAAGUGGACAACGUCUACACGGUCCUGAAGCAGCAGGCGACGGCGAGCUAACGCCGCUCCGCUUUUCGUCUGAGCUCCGAACAAAAACGCCGAACAGAACCAGAAAUGCACACAAAGCAGUGAGGCACCAGCGAUCACUGCCGACCAGAACUCUAGACUGCUUCACCGCUGAGCCUUCACCUCCCCGUCACGUCUGUCUGUUUGGAGGCCGCAACGCUGCCACCUCCUGGUCAAACAGAACACUGGCCUCCUUGUCCUACCAUGACCCAUGAAAGGAUGAAUGUUUAAUGACACCUCUGCUUUGUUGGGCAGAGUUGUGUAGCCGGGAAUCCUCUGGACGGGUACUGGACUUCUCAUGGAUUCAGGAAUCUUUGGAAAUGAACUUGAUGAGUCGUCGAAAGAGCUGAUGGUGAACACGUACUGUAGGUGUGUUUUAAACAUCGUGGAGCAGCAGCAUCAUCUUCUAUUCACACUAUCUGUCAGCGGCGUGUGUCCUGUUAGAGGCUUUAGAGCAGGGAUGUGAUCAGGUGUUUCUGACUAAUCAUCACAGUGUUACACAUGAAUCGGAUAAAAAAAUAAGUCUCUAGUUCCAGCUGGGGUCGUAUUGUUAAGUGAAAUUAGGAUUUGCUGAAAACUGAUUGGACUGCACUUUACAAGGACUUUCUGUAUUCUUAAUUCACUGCAGCGUAUAAACUGAUUUUAGCACAAUUUAUGAACAAACCCCAGCCUAAAAAAAUGAGCAUUUGGUUGUAAAUUGGUCUUUUAUUUUGAAAUUUUGGGUAAUUUUUAGUAUCAAAUCAAACAGGUGGAAAAUCGGUUGCAAAAAUCAGUGAAAGUGGGCGUGUACCACAAACAAUGACCCAUAUUAAAGCAGCCUACUUCCACAUUUAUUGUUUGGACCAGUUGCCGGCAGCAACCAGAGGACCAGGAUCGACUACUAAAACCACCUGGAUGUCAGUAGUCAUGAACAAUGCAUCAAAACUGCCUUUAUCCGUGUCUCAUCUGUUUAAGAGCGUCGUUUGAUGCAAAAAAAAAAAAUCAUAUUUAGGCUCGUCGGUUUGGUUCUAAUAAGCUUCGAUGUAUUUUUCUGUUUUUUUUCUGAAGCGGUACACAUCGGCAGGAAACGGUUUCAGGACUUUGAAAGCAAAACGUGACUCAUCUAGUCCAGAUUUAAAGGAGGAAUCCACCCUGAAACACUUCAACACUAUACAUAAGCAGAUGUCGGAUUUAUCUUCGACCUCUGGGUCCUUUUUUUCUCGUUCUCUCUUCAAUGACAGUAGUUAUUAAUUCCAGUGCAGCUUCGGUAGAGUUUGAUUGAGCUAAACAAAAUCGAUAAAUGUCAAGUUCUUGGUGCGUUUUCAAAUAUGAAAUAUUGUGAUGAAUUCCUUCCUUCAGGUAAAACCCAGCAGUUUGAUGACUGUCCAGUCAAAUGCAUUCUGGGAGAUGUAGGAAACACCUGCAGCAGUGUGAGAUGAUUUAAGGGUGGACUUUUCCUUUUGCAAUCUCGCUGACAUUUUCUCUCCUGCUUGUUCUUACUUCUGUAACGUUUGUUGGUUCAGUCAGGUUUCAGGAGCAACAUUUGCGUCGACAAUACCAAGCGUUGACACCGAUGAAUGAAAACCGUUUGACGAAGAGCCUCAGUAGCGGCUCGUGAUGCGACUUGACCUUAGAUGGGGCAUUUAACAAAUCCAUGUCAAUCAAAUUAGCCUGUUUCUAUUUGAAAUAAUUACUUUUUUUUAUUUCUUAUUUUGUCCAGGAGUGGUAAUCUUCUGUAAUAUUCACAGAAUGUUUUCCAAGGUGAAAACGUUGUGAGGUUUUUUUUUUGUUUUUUUUUGCUGUUUUGGUGUGGUUGGUUACCUCAUAUGUUCGUAGGUAGAAUACGGAUCACAAACACCAGCAAAUGACUAAACAGAUAAUGUCUUACUGUUGUAGGCACAUAACAGGGUAAUUUAAUGGAAGCCAUGAUCACGUGUUUUCAAUUAGAUUUGAUGCUGUUGGUGUUUGGAAUUGGUCGGCCAACAACAUUCAGUCAUUCAUUUAAACCGAGUAUUGUGUCACUGUGGGGCCCAUUCGCUGAUACUGUACUUCUUACACAUUCAGUAGAUAUGUAUAUGUUGUUUUGCACAGUAAUAAAGCAAACAAAUUUCAUUAAUAUAUGAAAUAUUCAUGUUACUGUACUCAUGAUUCAAUAGAUGUAACCUAAUUUUUGACCUUUGUCGUUUUAUCAUACCAAAUUAUGUAUGGACUGUAUGUAAUAAUGCCAUUUUUUUUCCAUAAAUGCUAAAUUGAAAGAUG